AUGCUCGAAUCUUCCAGACCGCGUUCUUCCUCGAUUCCGCGCUCCUACCACAGAAUCCGCGUCGACAAUGGCCGCUUCGCUGAGGCCGACGCGGGCGAGCUGGGGCGCAAGCUCCGGGCUCUUGACGGCCUCCUAUCCUCAGUUCCCCCAUCACAACACCGCGACCUAAGCUUCGGCUCUAUCCUAAGUUCGAGCGACAAUGACCAGAUCCUCUCUGACUCCGACGGCGAUGCCUCCCGCGACCUUUUUGAGCUCCUCGAUGGCUUUCCACGCCCAGAUCUGAUUCCCGCGACCUUCCUCGAAGCCUACACCGCGGCCCUGCUCGGCAGACCGUUCCUAAACGAAUACAGAUGCACUGAUUUCAAGAAAGGGAGGGAUCCCACCUGCUCAGAGGUCCUGCGUAUCCUCCCGCGCAUCGAUGCAGUAGUGGAUACGAACCUCUCCGCAGCCUUCAAUGCCGCGAACGACACUGGCAGGCUCCCCGCAGAGCUUCGGCUGCAAUGCUACGCGCAUCUCCUUCCCCGUCCCACGCACCUCUCCCUCUUCGACCAUCAGAACCGAGCCCGCAAGGCCCCGAGAACGACCUUCGCUAUCCUGCGCACAUGCCGCCAGCUACACGACGAAGUGUCCAAGUACUUCUACGACAAGCAGGUGCUUUUCCAGAAACUUGUCUGCCCGUUUCCGACUUCCAUAAGGCAUGCAAUCCAUCUAGCACUAGACUACGAGACAGUCGCCGGCAUGGGCGCUCGUACUCGCCUAUACUUCAAGAGGCUGGAGGUCCAGGUUGAUUGCGUACCUAAUCGGAGCGUUAACAUUCCUCCCUAUUCCGCGGUUCCUAGAGUAGAAGAUUCUUGGGGGGAAAUGCUGAAGCUCCUUCCAAGCCUAGAGACUGUCGUCGUUUCGUUCCCGCCGCAUAGUCGUGAGACUGCAAGAAUGUUGCACAAGAGGAGAGCGCCUGUGAACUGGCUCAUUGACCAGAUUCCAGACCGAAUGCAGCUUCUGUGGGACUUUCGGCACUGGCAAGAUGAGGAAGGGGAGCGCUUGGUCGCGGAGAGGAUGCAGUUGGGCUGGCGAGGCGGCCUGCAGCACGGGGAAAGUGUGCUCCGAGUGACUUAG